GUGAAAGGGUGUGGGUAGGCGGUAGGCCAGAGUUGUAAACAAAUAAAAAAAAGCUUGUGGGAGACUGAGAAGCAUCAUCGCAUGAGAAAUCCCAAGGAGUCUUUUAGCACUUCAUCUAUGCAGGGCGUCCACCACAUACAGACCCAGCCACCCACAAAUCCCAUCAAGUUACAAGAAGCAAGAAUUCCAAUCAGAACGACGGCAGCAGGGAAGUUCUUCAGAUGGUCGGUUCGGAUUGUAUUCUUUUCGCACUUGAUACUAGUCACCAUCUUGAUCAUCUUCCUCACGAUCCGCAGCCUCCUCUCUGCUGCCGACAACCACCACUUCCGCCCCAAGAAGUGGUUCCCUCCCUUGCUCACUUCAGCAGCGUGUGCUGGAAUUGUUGGUUUCACAUGGCAAGGGAUCACUAGCUGCAAUCCCUCGAAAGCAAUCAAGGCUGCCUUUUGGCUUAGCCCGUUGCUAACAUGUGCUGUUGGUAUUGUAUUCUUUUUGAUUGGCUCUACCGGGGGUAUAGCAGCUGGUGUAGUUGCCCUGAUAUCUGCACUGAUUCAGUCACUAUAUGGUUGUUGGGUGAAUCCGCGGUUCGAAUACGCCACCACGGUCUUAUCGGUUUCCACCGCUCCCCCUCCGGCUAAAACCACGUUUUUAGUCAUUCUAUCAAUCCUUGCCAGCAUUCUUUAUUCCUGUCUCUCAAUAUCCGGCAUCGGAGGGGCCACUGCUUCCACAACUGGCCUAGACCCCUUGUUCAUUUCAAUCAUCCUGCUUAGCCUGGCCUGGACAAUGCAUGUCAUCAAGAACAUAGUCCUAGUCACAAUAGCACGUGUGAAGUACAUGCACUUCGCUUGCGGCGCAUAUAUCGACACACGUGUGGCUUUCCACGACACGCUCAGAUACUGUAUGCCAAGUGUUUGCAUUGGCUCAGCCCUUGUCCCAAUUCUUGGGGUUAUCCAGGGGUCAGCUCGAGCCAUGAAGUUGUUAGCAGGGGACACAGAUGAGUUCUUGUUUUCAUGUGCUGACUGCUAUUCGGGUAUCGCUUCAGCCGGUGUAGCAUACGGGAACCGGUGGGGCUUUGUGCACGUCGGGGCUUUCAACCAGGGGUUCAUGCAGGCAUCAAUUGAUACUUGGGAGAUGUUCAAGAUGGCUGGAUUGGAAACAUUAAUCAACUCAGAUCUUACUGGGGCAUUUUGUUUCCUUUCUGGCGUAGCAGGGGGUGCUAUAUGCAGCCUAUUGAGUGGAAUAUGGGCGCUCGCCAUUCAAGAGAGUCAUGCUACACAAGUAUCAAUAUAUGCUUUCUUGAUUGGCUACUUCAUGUGCCGGAUAGCAAUGGCCUGGCCACAAGCAUGCCUUUCAGCUUACUAUGUCGCCUAUGCAGAGAAUCCACAAAGCCAUCAGUUUGAUUCCACCAUCCCGGUUCGCAUCCAAGAGCUUCGGAGACGUCAAGCUUGGCGGGAGCAAAGUUGAACCAGUCCUAGCUACUAGAGCAAUGUAUAGGAUAUACCAGCUAGAUAAUGGUAAAUGGUUGGAAAUGUGAACAUGUAUGGACAUUCUUUUUCUUUUUGUUCUGAAAAUGGCAAAGUUCUUACAAAUUCUAUGUCAUCAGAAAUGAUAAAUCGUAUAACAUUGGAUGCCUUGCAAUGUAGGAUAUAUAUGCCAUUAUUAUGCCUUCAAGCACCAGAUAGAAUAAGGUGUCCCUU